AUGGAUUGUCAAUUUGUGAUUAAUAUUAGGUAUUUUGCUUUUAAAAUAAUCUAUUGGUUUGUCUUUCAUUUUCUAAUAAAAAUUAAUAAAAAUUUUAAAAGAAAAAUGAUUCAGGAAGACAACAGAAAAGUUAUAAAAAAUAUAACUAAGAAAUGGGAUACAUCCCAUCUGAUAGAUUUAUUAGACAAAUUAAAAUUUAAAAUAGAUAAUAAUAAGCAUCAACAUGUAAGAUCUAUAGAAAGUAUUAAAGAAGAAGAGAAUAAACAACAAAGACGAAUAGAACAACUUAAAUCAGAGAUUGAAAUACUAUCUACACAGUUUGAAAAUCUAAGAAGUAAAUGUAAAAAGAAACAAAAUGAAAAAUACACUCUAUUUAAAUUUAUCACAGAAACAGAACAACAAAUAGAUGAAACUAAUGAAAGAAUUCAAGUAUUGGAAAACGAAAAGAAAGAAUUUGACGAUAAAAUAAGUAAAGCCACACAUCCAACAUACGAUGCAUUUUAUCUAGCAUUAAUGAAAUGUACAGGUAUUGAUUUUUAUGAAGAAAACCAGAAUGAAUUUGUUAGAAUUAAAAACGUUAAAAGAAACGAUAUUUUUACUUUCAACUUAGAUGAAAUGGAAUUAAGUGAAGCUAUAAAUACAAUCUGGGAUCAUAUUGAAUAA